UUUACAGCACAGUGAAUGGAGCUUUCUGUUACUCGCCAGUACUGGAAUUGAGAGCUUUGGUGUCUACGAAGCGGUUAACGUAAAUUAUAGAACGUGGACAACUUUUAGCCUUUUUGACCAGCGAGGGGAGCCAACUUGGACACUAAGAAGGAUAUUACUAUAAUACAAUUGAUCAGAAUUACUAUUAUUAUUAUUGUUGUUGUUAUUUUUCGCGAAGAAGGAAAUUAGACUUAUUCAUAUAUUCUGUAUCAUGUAGUGGGCUAUUUUUGUAUUUUAAAGAGGUUUAUUUACUCAAUUGCUUUUUGACGUUUGUUUGAUGAUGGUGCUGACGAGAGUUUCUUUUUGAACAUUAAAUAGACUGAAAAAAAAGCCAUCAGAACUUGAUUGAUGAAUGCUUAUUGGAUUCAUCUAGUGAAAGCUAAGCAGGGUAUGACAAAGCUGUUCAAAACCAUUCAUCUUUAGCUCAGUGGCUGUCUGUUUCUCAGUCUUUCUUCACUCACUGAGGGCAGCAGCAAAAAGUGCGCACUGUUACUGCGAAGGGGCACGCGGAUCUCUGAGCAAUUUUUUUUUUCUUGUUCGGGAUGCUAAAAUCAGUAGUGUUAUUCAAACUCUAGGAGACGCAACCAAAAGAAAAUGUUUUCAGAUGACCGGAGUAACACCAUUUCUAAACAGGCUUUGAAUUUUCCUGUUGGAUUACUGAUUAACUCACCUAAGAGGAGACUGGCGAAGCUGGGCAGAAAACCAAGCAAUGGAUCCGUGCAGUCAAGUUCUUCAGAUACAAAUACAGGAUCAAAUGAAAGCACUGGAGUACGACAGCCGGCCAAAAACAAAAUCCGAAGACACAACAAUCGCCUCUCCACAGUUUUCAGCAGGAGCCCACACUUAAAAGACAAUCAGUCCGAUGAGGACUCCACUGUGGCGGACGGAAUGCACCUGACUGACGACCCCUCAGAGCUGUCAAUGCAGCUCUCCGCACCUGGGGUCCUCAAGAUAUUUGGCAGUGAAAUCAGUACGGGUGCAAACUAUAAGAGUGUGCUUGCUACCUCUCACUCCAGCGCACAAGAGCUGGUCAAAGAGGCUCUCGAGAGGUAUUCUCUGGACAAGGCCGAAGCUGGAGCCUACGUCUUGUGUGACGUGAUUGGCCGGCUUGGGGAAGAGCACCAGUGGAAGACGGAGUGUUUCCGGGUGGUGGGUGACAAUGAGAAGCCCCUCAUGUUGCAGUCUCUCUGGAAGCCCAAGGAAGGUUUCUGCCGGCGCUUUGAGAUCCAGAGGAAAUCCAGCGUGGAGAAGAAGACCGCAAAGGAAAAAGAUACAGUCACAGCAGGCAUUAACGCCCAGGCUCGCAAACUACAGAAGAUUCGCUCCCGGGGAGCCUCAGUCUUUAUUGAGGAGGAUCUCAACAGCAACUUCUCACUGUGGAGGAGCCUGAGCGAAGUCAACUUGUCUGUGAAGUCCAAGGACCCUCGGAUGAAUGGGAAAAGCCUGCUGUUGGAAGACCUGGAGCCGGAGGUAGACAAAGAGGGCCAGUGUCUGGGACUCGAGAAGGAGGAGACGGAGAGCAGCGAUGAUAACACCACACAGUAUUCCAUUCAUCCCCCCUUUGAAUUCCCUUACUUUCUGCUGCUGCAGGGAUACAGUUACAGACAGGAUUUCGUUAUUUAUCUGAUGAGUGAGAUGACACAUGUUUUCGGACGCUGCAGCGAGCAUUCCACAGGAGAGGAUGAGGAGCGUCUCAAAGUGGACAUUCUGCUUUCCGCACCGGACAUCCUGCCCCGCCAUUGCAGCGUCAGACGGCUGGAGUCCAGCUCCCACUGCAAGGCCACCAAGAAGACAGUGACUCUAGUGAAACCCCUCCACGGUGCUUUCGUGACCCACAAUGGAAUCCCAGUCAAGGAAGAAACACAACUCCAAACAGGGGAUCUCCUUGGGCUUGGUGACUUUUACUUGUUCAUGUACAAAGACCCAACAGCCCCCACUGCAGGCCAAAGACCGGCAUGGUUGACGACCCCAAUGACUCACCUGGGCGGGACGGCCACCUGUAAAAUGUGUGGUUCAUCGCUGCUGGGCGAAGCAGCCAGGAAAAUGAAACCUUCUCACCGGAAAUCGGUCCACCGGUUAACAGAUUCCAACGGGACAGAUCUCUCGCUGACGUACGAUUCCAUACACGAGGACCAGCUGCUAAGCAAAGUUAUUAACAUGACAGACCCGAAAGGUGAUGAGCCAAAGCUGAGCCCAGCUUUCCUGCUGUGUCUUUGUAUCCAGCACUCAGCCGACUAUUUCGAACUAUCUGAUUUCCGGAGGCUUUUGCUUAAGAUAGCCAGUCAGGUCCAAACGGUUAUGUGGGAAAAGACGAAGGAACUUGCCGGGAUACAGCCAGAAACUGUAAAGCAGGACCCUGAUGAACUGAGCCUGCUGAGUAUCAAGGAGCUAAUCCCAGGACUACAGCCGCUUGCCUUCUGGAUGUCAAACUCCAUUGAACUCCUGCACUUCAUUCAGCAGGAAGUGCCCAAGCUGCUGCUGUGGGGUGAGGAGGGUGGAGAGAUAGCAGACUCCCAGGUGUCUGCCACCAGGUCGGCGAGUGAAGAAGCCAUGACAGUCCUUGAGGAGGUCAUCAUGUUUACAUUCCAGCAGUCCGUCUACUACCUCACCAAAACUCUGUACACAGCGCUUCCCGGGUUGCUGGACAGUAACCCCUUCUCUGAGAGUGGUCAGCUGCGAGUACCGGACGGGGUGAAUCACAUCUUAGAGAUCCUGAAGGAGACCCUGCAGCUUCUCAAUCAGUAUGAAGUCCACUCCGAGAUCGCCUCCCAGCUCUUUGCAUAUCUCUUUUUCUUCACCAACGCCUCCCUCUUCAACGCACUCAUGGAAAGAGGUUCCGGAGGGGGGUUUUAUCAGUGGUCCCGGGGAGUGCAGAUCAGAGCCAAUCUCGACUUGCUCCUGGACUGGAUCCAGGGCAUCGGCCUGGGAGACCUGGCUCUUGACUUCUUCCACAAACUCUCCACAGCUGUCAACCUGCUGGCCACACCCAAGCAAAACCUACUGCAGGCCAGCUGGCUCUCCCUGCGCAGUGAGUUUGCUAGCCUCAACCCGGCUCAGUUACACCACAUGUUGAGGGAGUACAACCCCGGGCGGCCUUGUCCAGCGGGCUGGAGUCCAACACCUGAGGAAGCCGAGCCUGCCAUGAGAAUGGCUGAUAUUCUUGAGAGUUUUGACAACCACCCUCCCCUGAUCCUGCCCUGCAGCAGCUUUCACAUCGAGCUUGGGAGACCAGUCCAGGAUCUGCGUCUUCCCUCCCAGCUCAGUCGCAUUCGGGAGUUCCUGUGCAGCCUUAAACAGAGCAGCCCUGUACCCUCCCAGCAGGAGGUUCCAUUGGCAGCUGAAAGUGUGACCUCAGCAUGUUGCACCAGCAGUAUGAAGAACACUGGCCCCCUCCAAGAUUCUGACACACCCAAGGACAGAGAGUCUGAUGUUAAAGACUCAUCUCUAUGCGGCCGGUUCCUGCUCCCCGGUCCUAGUGACCUGAGCUCUUGCGGGGAUGUGCUGACUCAGAAACUGAAGAAUCUGGAGCUCCAGAACAGCCUGCCAGGACAGAAUGACCUGACCUCCCACAAGCGCCUGGCCCUGGACCCCUCCUGUCUCCUCACCCCUCCCAACACACCCCAGACACUGGAGCUGGCAGAGGCAGAUACAGAUCUCCUGGAGAGGCCUUUUCGGCACUUCCUGAAUGGCAGCCACAAGGGGGGUGACGAUAAAGACCUUGCUACACCUAAAGUGAAAGGUGUCCUCAACCCCUCUCCAGAGCCAGGCACCCAGAACAAGCCAGGUGAGGAGGAUGAAGUGUUCACUGUGGAGCUGGAAAGAGGCCCGCAUGGGCUGGGCCUGGCCUUGGUUGACGGUCUGAAAACACCUUUAAAAAUGAGCGGAAUAUAUAUUAAAUCCCUGGUUCCUCACUCGCCUGCAGCAAGGAGUAAGAAGCUAGGGUUAGGCGAUCGGAUUCUGGCUAUUAAUGGAACCAGUCUGGCUGGAGUAGACUAUAACACCGGUAGAGAUCUGAUCCGGAGUUCAGGAGACAAGCUGAGGUUGCUGGUGGCCAAAUCGGAAGCACAAGCCCUGACCACCAAGAUACCAGUAACGAAAUGUUAACAGGACUGUUCACGAGCCAGUCUGUACACCAAGGCAUGUCUGUACAGCAACUCCUAUGAUGAGCAAGUGCAACUGAGAGACUGAUCGCGGACUUGCUCUGCUGUGUAGACACUGCUACACUUUCUCUGUGACUGAAACACAGUAGUAUUUAACUGGUACAAAGUACAAAAGCACUCAGUGGGAGACAUCUCCAAACCAAUGGUUUGUCAUGAAGGAUUUAAGAAGAUUUCCAAAAAAAAAAGCCCUUAUGGUUACAUAAAAAGGGUCUGUUUUUUUUCUUUUCUUUUGCUAAUUAUCAACUUACAGAAGUGAAACCACCUUUGCAGAACUGCUGAGUGUCAAGCAAUCUGCUGGAGUCUAAAACACCUGAGACAUUCUGUACUGACUGCAUAGCUAAGUUAUUCAAACUUAGGCUGGGACCAAAUCAAAACUUUGACAACCUGCUAAUCGCACUUAAACGUAUUUAAUAGCAUUUUCUUUUAUGAGUAGAAGAAAUAACAUACAAAAAAAAGAAAACGCUAUUAAAUACAGUUGGUUGACAAAGUUUUUAUUUGGUCUGGGCCUUAGUUACAAUAUAACUCCUUAUCCAUAGACCUCUCCUAACUGUAAUCACAUAAGCCCUGUUUUCUGAGAUCAGGGAUGUUGAGUUCUGUUUCAUUUCCUAAAGGUUUUAAUUUUCAGUUUAAACAUGUUUCAAUGCUUAAAUUUGGGCUCCUGAGUGGCGCAUCCGGUAAAGGCGCACCUCGUGGAGUGCAGGAUGUACCCUAUAGCCUGGAGGUCUGCCAAUUCGAGUCCACGCUAUUCCACUGCCGGCCAUGGAUGGGAGUUCCCAGAGGGCAGCACACAGUUGGCCGAGUGCCGCCCAGGGGGGGAGGGCUUAGGUUGGCUAGGGUGUCCUUGGCUCGCCGCGCACCAGCGACCCCUGUGGACUUGCCUGCAAGCUGCCUGCAAGCUGCGUUGUUCUAUGACGCUGUAGCUCGGGGUUGGCUACAGAGUGAAAAGAAGUGGUCGGCUGAUGGCACACACUUCGGAGGACAGUGUGUGUCUGUCUUCGCCGCUCCCGAGUCAGCGCAGGGGUGGUAGCGAUGAGCUGAGCCUAAAAUGCAAUUGGACAUUUCAAAUUGGGAGAAAAAAUGGGGUAAAAUUAAUUGCCGACUACUAAAUUUAUUAAAAAUAAAUAAAAUUUGCCCAGCUCUGUAUUAGAGCGAUGUUCCUAGAGCAUUAAUAUGAAUGAGACGACAUGUAUUUAAAAUUGUGUAUAAGAAAAAGACUCAAUACAUGUUGAAUUAAUAACCUUACACUGCACACAUCCUACUGAAUAAACACUACAGCUGACCUCUGUAUUUGACAUGCAUAUCUUUGACAAUGGCUAAUUGUUUAGACAAAUUCUAAAUGUUUAAAAUGUUUGAACUGUACAACCUAGGAGUUAAGUUUUCAUUUGCUUAAUUGGGUAUAACUCAAUUGAAUGAAAAUCUACCAAUAGUAUACAAUUUAAAAUGCACCCUGUUUAUUUCUUUUAAAAGAUAUUGUGAAUGUUCAUUAUUGUUAUUAUUCUUCAGAUCAAAUGCAAGCCUGCACUUGUAAUGUAAAGCUUAUUGUUGCCAGUAAGACAGUGUUAUUUUUAUCAAUUUUAAAGAAAGAAGAAAACAUGGGUAUGUGACUUUCUAACAUUUAUAUUGAAUAUUUUGUUAUACCUAAAGUAUAUCUGUAGAGGCUGGGCAACUAAACAUUUAUCUUUUCAGUAUAAUAAAUGCUAUGGUAUUGUUGAAUAUUUAUAAAUAUGCGUAUGUUCAAUUUUAUUUCAAAGCUCAAAUUUCAACUGACUCCAGUCUUUAAAUAACAGUUAAAGCUUUGUGACAAGGGCCCCAUUUGUUAUAUGUAUAAAAAGGAAACUUAAUAACAUGCUACAGACAUAUACUAUGAUGUAAUUCAAAUCAACAACAUGUUUAUGUUGCCAGCAGUCAACCCAUUCAUUCGUUAAAAAAAAGAGUCCAUACUGUUGUAAUGUUAUAAACGGUUAUGGUAAAAUGACAAGCACAAAUUUUCCAUCUCGGCAAAAACACUGAAAAGAUAAAGGCAUUGACCAUAUUUAUCAAGCCGCUCUCUUUUUUUAAUUUACGUUUCACAACCCAACAUACUUUCCAAGUUAAAUAUAAAAAUACACCCAAAUACUAUACAAGUCCAAAAGGUGAAGCAGUCAAGGUGGGCACGACAAAGCUUUUAAGAGCUUUGUAUUUUAAACAAACGAAAAACAACAGUCACCUUCAGUUAGGCUUUUAAAGUGGAGACAGCUCCCCAUACACAGAGCUAAGACGCUGCUGGUUAUUACAGCCUAUCACUCUCCCUGUAUGUCCAAGGUAGCUCUAACAGUGGCCAGUAGAUGUCAACUUGCACCAGCACAUGAAGUUCAUCAUUCCAUGUGCAUAUUCGGAACUAUCAAGGUAAUACAUAGAUGGUACUGGUGCUCUAAUCCUUAAGAUAUUAACCUGCCUUGCCAUAACACACACUCACACAGAAUAAAGGGGGAGGGUAGCUUAGCACAGACCUUGUUCAUGCACUGGGGACCACACAAGUACAUGGCUGUGCACUCAUAAUCCAUGCAGCUUUCAACCAACUUCUCAGGCAGCUAGCAUUUUCCAGAACCCAUUAAUAGCUUAGAGCAUUGCUUGAAAAUGUUACAUUCAACUAUUCCAACAGCCACCAGAAAAAGUUGUCUCAAAAUUGCCUUGCGCUCAGUGGCUUUUACAAUACUAUGUGCAAGUCUGUGUCGAUGUACUGCAGUAUGUAAGACUAUUACAAGCCUUUUCAGUAUGGUUUAUCGUUUGUAAACAAACCAUUUAAGUAUUAGAUAUACCAGUGCAUGUAUUAAUUAUUGAUAGAAAGGGAAUUUUGGUAAUUCAAUAAAUAUGAAUUUAUAAUAGAGGGUACGUCUAUUAUAUGAUAAUGAGUGUUUUUUGCGUAUGACUCCUCCCAUGUGUAUCUUACACUUUGUCUAAACACUUCUUUUUGUUUUACUGUUACUUGUUUAAGUGUAGCUGUUUAAUUAAGGUCUGUUUAGUGUUCGUUGUUUUAUGUGUGACAGUCUCCAUUACCUGAGCCUCCUGAACUACUGGUCACCAUUCUACUCAGCACUAUUAUUAUUAUUAUUAUUAUUUAUUUCUUAGCAGACGCCCUUAUCCAGGACGACUUAAGUCGUAAACAAAAAUACAUUUCACUACUGGACAGAUUCAGUUUCAACGUACUCAAUUUUUUCAACCUUCUACAAUCACCAUCAUUACUUGACUCUUUGCUAGACUUCCUUAUCAGUUGGUGAUAUCAUUCCUUUGGAUUUUUUUCUACUUUAAUUUGCUACUUUGCUUCCUGUUUUUUUUUUUUGGGGGGGGGGGGGUUGUCUUUUGUUGCUUUGUUUGGUUUUCAAUUACAUUGCUCUGUUGGACUUGUUAGGCCUAACUUUCAUGUACCAUCCACUGCCAUCCAGACUGUUAUUUGUGAUCACUUAAUUUACCUUCAUCUUUCUCUGUGUCUGUCUGUGUGUGUUGUGUUUGUGAGUGUGUGUGUGUUGUGUGUGUUUGAGGCCCACUGGACACUCCAAAUCUUUUCUCCUCUGUGUUACUUUUGACCUUCUGUUUUCCAUUUACUGGUACCAUCUUUAUAUUUACCUGUUUUGUCCACCUUUUCUACCUAUCUGUACCAGCUUUAUUCUUACCUGUUCCCUGCAAUUAUUUGUUUUACUUUCUUAUCAUUAUUGUUAUUAUUGUUUCCAAUCUUUCUUAUUUCUUUAUCUGUUCUAUCCCAUCUGUAUUUUGAUUUUUAUUAAUUAUUUUCCAUUUGUUGACAUUAACAUUCAUAAUAAUAAACUGUUUGUUCAUGAAACUGACACUUCUGACAUCCCUGCGUUUGCUGUCCGUCACUCUUGCUGACUUAUUUAGUUAUAGGAAAUAGGUCCAGUAGUAUCUCCUUGGGUAGGACAGUACAAAUGCUUCUCAGUUGUGUAGAGUGACCGUU